CAACAAACCACUCACUUGAAUGUCAGGAAGUGUUCAGUUUGGGCGUUUUUAACUGAUUUUAAACAGAUAAACUGCAUCCGAAAUGCAUAAUGUGACCUAAUAUGUUGUAGUUAUUUACCUAAUUAGGAGGACCAAAGUGAGGUUUAACCUGUGGGACUCAAAUUUUCUAACAAGACCUGAUCAAGACAGAGAGUCAUGGCACAGAACUGUCUUCCUGGCAUGGAAACAUCAGCCGUGUCUGUUCUUAAGAGAGCUGUAGAGCUUGAUCAGAGUUCUCGCUUUCAGGAAUCUCUUGUGUGCUACCAGGAGGGCAUUCAGCUCCUUCUAGACGUGCUGAAAGUGAUAAAGGAUGAAUCUAAAAAAGUCCACUACAGAGAAAAGAUCAAGGGUUACAUGGAUCGAGCUGAGCAGAUGAAAGUUCACCUAAACAAAGUGAAAGAAGAAGGGAAAUACCAUGAGCAAAUUAAAAUCACUGACAGUGCAACAGGUUUCAGCUAUGAGACCCUGUUCAAGCCAUACAUUAGAGAAGGACUCACUGAAGUCUGGGUUGAGGACCCUUAUAUCCGCCAUGUGCACCAGCUGUAUAACUUCCUGCGUUUUUGUGAAAUGCUGCUAAAGGCCGAAUGUAAUGUUAAGAAGAUUAAUCUCCUGACUUCUCAAGAUGAAGUUAGUUCCUCCCAGCAAGAGAGUGCCCUAGCAGAAAUCCGCCAGUCUUUGCAGAGUCAGGGCAUUUGUCUGGACGUUAAAUAUUCCUCCACUAUUCAUGACCGGGAGGUCAGAUUCGAUAAUGGUUGGAUUAUCAAGAUCGGCAGGGGGCUUGAUUAUUUCAAGAAGCCUAAGGGUCGUUUUUCCAUUGGCUACUGCGAUUACGACUUGAGAGAAUGUCAUGAGACUACAGUGGAUGUCUUCCACACAAAGCACACCAAGAAGACAUGACCAAAAAAGCAUUUGUAUUCGGUGUAUUUGAGUUAUCCUACUAUGCGCGACUUAGAUGGGUGGGUUUAUUCCUGUUUUGUAUUUUUAACUCUGUUAAGGGUUUACCGUUUAUAAAUUAAGUGCCUAAUAUAUUAAUGUGCAUGUUGCUGGCGAACACACUGUAAUGCAUGGGUUUUAAACUAUGACCAUGCUGUGCAAAAACAUGAAAAUAUGAGAGCAUGAUGGACGUGGACCUGCUGUGGUCUGGUGUUUUGUUGUUUUUUUUAAAAGAAAA